AUGGCAUGGCCAGGCAGUACCGACUUCUCGGGUCUCCAACAGUCCCCGACGUCGACUCCCUUCAAUGGAGACGUCCCGCCCGCGCUGCAGCAUAUCCAACAACAGCAGCAGCAGCAGCAGCAGCAACAACAGCUCACGCCCACAUCGUCGACGGCAGCAGGCCCACCGAGGAAGAGGAAGAAGAGCGAGAUCCACGAUGACACGAGUCCGCAAGCAGACACGUCAGGAGGGCUGGCAAAGGCGCAUCCAGUCAAGAGAGCGUGCAACCAGUGUCGCCAGCAAAAGCUACGAUGCAACAUCCAGACCGAGCCAGAGUUCCAGCCAUGCGGACGAUGCAUCAAGCACCACCUGACGUGCGCCAUCGACCCGGGCUUCAAGAGACAGGAGAAACGACAGCGACAUGCCGAGAUGGAACGCGAGCUCGACACGCUCAAGAACGAGAAUGCGAAUUUGCGACUGCUCAUCACACGAGGAGCCAUGCCCAACACCGCCGGUGACUCUACACAGCCUUCCGCCUUCCCGCCGCAACCGCCGUACACGAACGCGAGCGCGAACAACCCCUUCCCUGGUCCCAACGAAGCAGCCGCAUCACGUUCGUUGCUCGACCUGGCACAAGGCGGCAUCGACUAUCCGAUGCGAGAGCCGACGUUACACACGCUUGGAAGAGUCACUCUGACCGAGAAUGAAGUCAUGGACCUUGUUGGCAUCUACUUUGCGCGCUACCAUCCAUACCUCCCUUUGUUGUCACCCGACACGCCCUACACGGCCUUCUUCGCAAUGUGCCCCUUGCUACACUGGACCAUCCUUGCGAUUGCCAUGCGCCGCUACGAGGGUCGUCCAGGCCUCUUGCAAGAACUCCGUCGCUCCUUUACCGACUUGAUGUGGUCUACAAUUGCUUCGGACCCUCAGUCCUACCACGUCGUCAAGGCUCUGGUACUCAUCUGCACAUGGCCCAUGCCUAGCAGUUCGACAUCGCACGAUCCGAGCAUGAUGCUUUGUGGAACCAUGGUUCAACUCGCCAUGCAGUUUGGUCUUCAUCGCCCCUCGCAUGCUCAAGACUUUUCACGCAAUCGCAUCGAAUUGCGCGACGAGGACAUCCAGGAUCGUAUGCACACAUGGGUUGCUGUCAAUUUGAUCGCACAGAACACAUCCACUGGUUAUGGCAUGCCCCAAAUCUCGCGCUGGAACUGGUACACCCACGGCUUGCACCUCGAUCGCAUCUCUGGUGCUUUCCGCAACCGCAUCCAGAUUGAGAGAUUCGUUGAUAAGGUCACACGUACGUGCUACAUCAUGCAACGGGAUGAAUUUGUUGCUGGUGAUGAGGCUCAACGAUGGCUUCUUAUCGACACUCUGGGAAGAGAGUAUGAAGAGCUGGAAACUUCUCUUCGUGCAAACCAUGCUUCACACAUCGAUCUCCUCAACGCGCAGAUCGCAUGCCUGCAUCUGCGUUUGACAGCCUUCUUUGGUUCUCCUUCAGCACCGACGUACAAGUCUGAUCUCUCAGCCUUGUAUAUUGCUGCCACCACAGUACUCAAGUCUUUCUUGGCUCUCCCUCCUAAUGUCGGAGUACAUACUCCCGGCGGUGAGCACCUCUCAGGGCCUUACCAAUGCUUUGCGACCAACUACAUGAUGCAGAUGCUCUUGGCGGCUGGCUUCACUCUGAUGAAAUUGCUCAACUCUUUCUUCUCUAACAAGGUCGAUGUCACCAGCGGAAGAACUUUGUUCCUACAGACAGUCGCCGCCCUUCGUAAUUUAUCUGUCGCACCCAACGACCUUCCUCAACGUCUUGCAGAAGUCCUCGCUCAACUAUGGCAAGCCAACGGCGGAGGCUCAACCAACAAGCUCUACCCUGACUCACCAAACUUCAUCCAAGAUCCAGAACAAUCGCUCCAACUCAAGGUACGCUGUAGAAUGAGCAUGAGUCUGCUUUAUGACAGCGUCUGGAGAUGGAAGGAUCACGUUGGUGCUGGUGCAUCCAAGAACCUCGAUCGCGCUAUUCAACAUCCCACCAUCCCUACUGCUAUCCCCAACGCAGACACUACCACUACCAGUGAUGCGCUGCCGCCGUCAACCAUGGCGCCCGACCAAGACUUGACUCUGAGCGGACUCGAAAACUGGGAGAAUCUAAACUUUGCAGCGAACGCACCGUUCGAUUCUUUGGGCUGGGCAUUGGAUGGGUUCUUGGAUAUGCCGGAAGGUUUCAUGGCUUAG